AUGAUCAAAGCAGGCCUUGGAAAGAGAAUCUCUGCCCUUCCUACCACCAUCUCUCACACUUUCAAAUACACGUCGGCAGAGAAUAAGAGUAUUGAACUACGAGAAUUUGGCUCUUUUGAUGUAAAGGGAGCUGUUUUGGUUGAAGGCUUCCCUUCUGGUCAAACUUCGAUCGCAACAGCUGCAGGAUAUAUUGUAGAACAACUGGAAUUGCCUUUGAUCGGUGAUGUGAUCUCUGAUGCGUUCCCUCCUGUUUGUUUGAUCGAGAAUUACACUCCACAAAGCGGAAUCAGAAUUUAUGGAAACAAUAAGAUUGUAGUUUUUUCAAGCGAAUAUGAAUUGAAAGACCCUGGACUUUCUCAUCAAAUGGUCAAUGCUGUUUUUGAGUUUGCGGAAAGGAACGGAUGUAAGAGUGUUGUGAGCUUGGAGGCUAUUCCAAUGGAUGAAAAAAAGAAGAGAUUAAUCUCUGGAGAAGAUGUGGAUGACAUCGAAACUCCCAUUCAUCCACCAAGUCGUGAAGAACUUUUAAAGUUAUUGACCUCAGUUGAAGAGCCUACAAAAGAAGAUGACAGUAUUUACUUUGUGACCAAUAAUCAAGAGCUUGCUGAUACCCUUGUAAAAUUUGGCCAUUUCCCUAUCAAGGAAAAUAUUGUGCUGACUGGUAUUAGUGCGUUAGUACUGUCCAGAGCUCCCUACACUUCUUUGACUGUUACAGGAUUAUUUGCUCCAGUCUCGCUAAGACAUGAAUUGUUGUCAACACGACCAAUUAUUACAAUUAUUCAUGCUAUUGACAAACUUGUGGGUGAGGAAUUGUUCAUCAAGACAGAUAAACUUGAAAAAACUGGAGCCGCUAUUAGAAACAAGUUGAACGAAGUUUUGGAAAAACAAAGAGAGACCAAAGAGCCAUAUAAUCCAAUGUUUUUGUAA